AGCUCCAGGGAAUAGGUUAUAAACGUCGUAGCGGAGUAUAGCGCCGUGUCAGUCUCAUUUCAAUAACCAUCUGAAAGCGAGCUGUAACGGUAAACCGAAUCGGAUAAUAAAUAUCUUAUACUAAGGAGUGGAUCAUUGAGAACACGAUGCAACUAGCUUUUGUAUUGGCGCUGGCAUUCGCCAUCUUGUUCGCGUUCAGCGAACGAACGACGGCUUUUCCAACCGAUACGAAGGCAGGCGGUCAAAAAGAAAUAAAGGAGCCAAAGGACAUAAAGGAAUCUGCUACAGCAUCUAAGGAUGUGAAGGAUGCUAUAAAGGCUGCCAAGGAGGCAAAAAAGAACAAGAAAGAUUGCGCGAGAGAGUGCGGUACCGUUUAUGAUCCUAUUUGCGCUCAUGAUCCUUCCGAUGCGAAUAUCAAGCCCAGGACCUUUGGUACCCAAUGUGCUAUGGAAGUUCACAACUGUGAAAUGGGAUCGAAAUUGGCCAUGAAGAGCAAAGGCGAAUGUCCUGGAUCUGGUGGAGUGAGAUUGUCAUAAAAUGAAGAUGAUUGAAAAUGUCAUUUCCUGUAUCUCGAUAUGUGCCAGCACUAUAAAUUUAUUAUUAGUUUUUAACUCCCCUUUCGAGCUUAUGCUUCCUUAGAAGCUUUUUAUUGUCAUCCAUGCUGUCAUAAUUGUUGACAUUACGUUAUUGUUAUUUAACAAUUUAUAUCACAUAAUAUGUAUGUAUAUCUCGUAAAAUGAAGAAUAUAUAAUUCUAAUAUCCAA